AAUUGAAAAAAGUUUGUCAAAAAGUUUUGUCGUCAAACAUAUGUCUCAAAUGAAAUGACAUUUUAUUAUGAAAUCCUAUAAUUGUUUCACUCAUAUCAUAAUCUUAUGUCUUGAGCGCCACUUUUGAAGGCAAAGCUAUAGGAAGUGAUUGAUUUAGUUGUUGUGUAUGAAACAGGUGCUGAAGAUGCACGUGGAUGAGUUCAUAUUCAACUAUUGUGUGUCGUCUAUGAUCACCGAUGAGGUGACCUCCGAGACGACAGAGUGUGCAAUGAAUGUCUUCUCGAUCGACGAGAAUAAGAUACGCGACGCAAAUGGCAUUAUCUUUGCCGAAGCCAUCACUUGCUAUAAGUGUACGUUUUGUGGCAAAAUGUUUUCAGCCAUGGAAGUAGUCUUAACUCAUUAUCAGUCUAACCAUCGCUGUUCAGUCAUACCAUUGCUUACAACAGGUGUGGCCAAACUGCCGAUCCCGAAGUACAAACCACGUAAACCAGUGAUUGGAUCGCUUAACCAUCAAAAAACUAGUCCUAAAACUACAUCAACUCUCAAGAAUACAAUUAAAUCUAAUGAUAAUACAGAAGGCAAAAGUGAUACCGAAAAUCAAAAGUUAAAUCAUUUGUCACAAAUGACACCAAAAGAUAAUAAUAAUAAUAAGAGUUUAAAAACAGGAAACUUGAAAAAGAUAUCUAAAAAAGUCAAUCAAAAAUAUCGGUUUCGUUGCAAUCAUUCAGGCUGUUCAGUUGAUUUCUAUACAAAGACUGGAUUAUUGAUGCAUAUGAAGACACACGAGAAGAUAAAAUCAUAUAAAUGCAAUUGGAUUGACUGUAAAUUUAAGUGUUCAGAUUUGGCGGGACUUGAGUUCCAUAAGAAGACCCAUUUGGGUGACAAUCCAUUCAAGUGUUCGUGGCCCGGAUGUGACCACUCUUUUGCUGACUCAACAGCUAAAGAGCUUCAUCUUCAAAGUGCACACAUCGACGAUAAGAUCCUGGAGUGCGAUCAACCGGGUUGUGGGGCAAAGUUUAAAUUGGCUUCUGAUCGGGAAAUACAUAAAUAUUCACAUUCUGGCAAAAAGAUCUCAGCGCCUAAAUCUCAACCAAUUGUAAUAUCUGUUAGACGUCGUGGACGACCACUUAAGGCUAAGAAAACCAUUGAUUUAUCUUCGAGUUCGAGUGUAGCUGAAGAUAGUGACGAUCAAAAUGAUAGUGAAGAGAGUGAGGAAGAGGAAAGAGAAGAUAUAGAUGAGAAUCACUAUAAAACAGAUGAAAACAAAUCGAUUAAAAAGAGCGAUAUUAGUAAAACUGUUAACAAAAAAGAGACAAACAUUAAUAAAUGUGACCAACCGUUGGAUUUAUCAAAAAAUGGUCCAAAUGUUAUACACGACUAUCAAAAUAAAUCAAAAAGAAUUGAUAUUAAAUCUAAAAGUGUGGAAAAAUCUGUUUCAAAAAGAGGUCGAAAGCGUAAGAAGAGUAUCGAAAAGAAGUUGCUGUCGAAGACUGUAUAUCGAUGUGAUUAUCCCGGAUGUCGAAAGACAUUCACUGAAUCUGAUGUUCUUAAGCAACACGAGAAGGAAACUCAUAACACAUCUUCAUGUGAUGGCCGACAACGAUAUGGUCGCUCGUGUAAAGGAAAUCUGUUUUAUAAAAUUUAA